AUGCCACUAAUUAGGAAGUCAGACAACUUUCCAAUACGUGAAGGAACCCUGCUGGCCUCGCGCUACAAGGUGCAGGCCUUUCUCAGUGAAGGGACCUUUGGGAAGGUGGCCAAGUGUGCAGACACUGUAACCAACACAGAGGUGGCCAUCAAAAUAAUCAAAGACAAGCCCUGUUUCACUGAGCGAGCACUGGAAGAGUUUGAGCUACUGGACCUGUGUCUGAGUGACUUCAUGAAGCAGAGAGAUUUCCAACCUCUGUCCAUGGGUGAGAUCCGCCCACUUCUACACCAGCUGACCACGGCACUGCUGCACAUUGGGUCCCUGGAAAUCGUGCACGGGGAUAUAAAGCCUGAAAAUAUAAUGGUCGUGGACCAAAAGCAGCAGCCCCUGCAAGUCAAGCUCAUUGACUUUGGACUUGCUCAGCAUGCGUCUGAUACUAUGCCGGGAACAUGUGUGCAAUCCCUGUGGUACAGGGCCCCGGAGGUCAUGCUGGGUCUGGACUUCAUGGAGCCAAUAGACAUGUGGUCUCUGGGUCUAAUUGCAGCAGAACUUGCUGCAGGAUUCCCACUUUUUCCAGGGAGCCACGAAUAUGACAUGAUAAAGUUCAUUGUGGACACCCUUGGUAUGCCGCCAGAUCAUCAACUGAAUUGUUCACAAAAAAACACCCUGUUCUUUAACAUUAUGGGCAGAUACAACCAGCAGACAUGGAAACUAAAGACUCCAAAGGAGUUUGCUGCUCAAACUGGGCACCAUUACAGAAACACCAAAUGUUUUCACUGUCUGUGUGACUUAGAGCAGCUGAUAUAUUUUACAAACAGAGCAGAGACGAGUGCAGUGGGACACUUUGUAGACCUCUAUAAAAAAAUGCUGCGGGUGGAUAAAUACGAGAGAAUAACACCCCUUAAAGUGCUGGAGCAUCCAUUUUUCUCCAUGGAGCAGCACGCCAGCAAGUCCAAUGUCAUUCAGAGGAGGCCCUCCGUACAGAAGACAAGUGUUGCAUCCAAGGCCUGGAGUCUUCAUGAGGAAGUAGUUUUUACUCAUCCAGAGAAAGUCUCUGUAAAGUUGGAGGAAGAAAAGAAUAAAGCAUCACUCCAGCCUGGUUCGGAAAAUGUCUAA